GGUAACAGAGAAGCGGCCGCGGCGGUAGAGGCGGCAGAGACGGUUUCUCCAUCUUCCCCCCUCCCCUUCCCCCCUUGGAGUUUCCCUCCCUCCCUCCCUCCUUCCCAGUCUGGGCACUCAGGCCUGUGACCGCUUCGUGAGCGCAAAGGAGGUUGCCAGUCCGCUCUUGCGGGCCUGUGCCCGCGCCGUUCCGGGGCCUCCGUGCUGGGUGCGAGGCUCACGCCGGGAGCGACGCGCAGGCUGAGUGGCUGGAGCUUUUGCGGUUUUGUAGUGCAUCCCUGAGCAUGAGUGCAGAAUGAAGCGACGUUUGGAUGACCAGGAGUCACCGGUGUAUGCAGCCCAGCAGCGAAGGAUUCCUGGAAGCACAGAGGCUUUUCCUCACCAGCACCGGGUGCUUGCCCCCGCCCCUCCUGUGUAUGAAGCAGUGUCUGAAACCAUGCAGUCAGCUACAGGAAUUCAGUACUCAGUGACACCUAACUACCAGGUUUCAGCUGUGCCACAAAGUUCUGGCAGUCAUGGGCCCGCCAUAGCAGCAGUUCAUAGCAGUCAUCAUCACCCAACAGCCGUCCAGCCUCACGGAGGCCAGGUGGUCCAGAGCCAUGCCCAUCCAGCCCCACCAGUUGCACCAGUGCAGGGACAGCAGCAGUUCCAGAGGCUAAAGGUGGAGGAUGCCCUGUCCUAUCUUGACCAGGUGAAGCUGCAGUUUGGUAGUCAGCCUCAAGUCUACAAUGAUUUCCUUGAUAUCAUGAAGGAAUUUAAAUCGCAGAGCAUUGAUACUCCAGGCGUGAUUAGCCGUGUGUCCCAGUUAUUUAAAGGCCACCCUGACCUGAUCAUGGGCUUCAAUACCUUCUUGCCUCCUGGCUACAAAAUUGAGGUGCAGACUAAUGACAUGGUGAACGUGACAACUCCUGGGCAGGUUCAUCAGAUCCCCACCCAUGGCAUCCAGCCCCAGCCUCAGCCACCACCUCCACAUCCUUCCCAGCCUUCAGCCCAGUCAGCUCCAGCUCCUGCUCAGCCAACUCCUCAGCCCACACCUGCCAAAGUCAGCAAGCCUUCCCAACUACAAGCACAUACUCCAGCCAAUCAGCAGACUCCCCCACUCCCACCAUAUGCAUCCCCACGUUCUCCACCGGUCCAGCCUCACACACCAGUGACAAUCUCCUUGGGAACGGCCCCAUCUUUGCAGAACAAUCAACCUGUGGAGUUUAAUCAUGCCAUCAACUAUGUUAAUAAGAUCAAGAACAGAUUCCAGGGCCAACCAGACAUCUACAAAGCAUUCUUGGAGAUUUUACACACAUACCAGAAAGAACAGCGGAAUGCCAAGGAAGCUGGAGGAAACUAUACUCCAGCUUUGACUGAGCAGGAAGUGUAUGCCCAGGUGGCACGUCUCUUCAAAAACCAGGAGGAUCUGUUAUCUGAGUUUGGACAGUUCUUGCCGGACGCCAACAGCUCAGUGCUUUUAAGCAAAACAACUGCUGAGAAGGUUGAUUCUGUGAGAAAUGACCAUGGAGGCACUGUGAAGAAGCCCCAACUGAACAACAAGCCACAGAGGCCCAGCCAGAAUGGUUGCCAGAUCCGCAGACACUCCGGAACGGGAGCCACGCCACCAGUGAAGAAAAAACCCAAACUGCUUAGUCUAAAGGAAUCUUCAAUGGCAGAUGCCAGCAAGCAUGGUGUUGGAACUGAGUCAUUAUUUUUUGAUAAGGUCCGAAAGGCUCUUCGGAGUGCAGAGGCCUAUGAAAACUUUUUGCGCUGUCUUGUUAUCUUUAACCAGGAGGUGAUCUCUCGUGCUGAGCUUGUACAACUAGUCUCUCCUUUUCUGGGGAAAUUUCCUGAAUUGUUUAAUUGGUUUAAAAACUUCCUGGGUUAUAAGGAGUCUGUACAUCUGGAAAGCUUUCCAAAGGAACGAGCUACAGAAGGCAUUGCUAUGGAGAUAGACUAUGCUUCUUGUAAACGUCUGGGCUCUAGCUACCGAGCCCUACCAAAAAGUUACCAGCAGCCCAAGUGUACAGGACGGACUCCUUUGUGCAAAGAGGUUUUAAAUGAUACCUGGGUUUCCUUCCCAUCAUGGUCUGAAGACUCCACUUUUGUUAGUUCUAAGAAGACUCAGUAUGAAGAACAUAUUUAUCGUUGUGAAGAUGAACGAUUUGAGCUUGAUGUAGUUUUAGAGACCAAUCUGGCAACAAUCCGGGUUCUGGAAGCAAUACAGAAAAAACUUUCCCGUUUGUCUGCUGAGGAACAAGCCAAAUUUCGCUUGGAUAACACCCUCGGGGGCACAUCAGAAGUCAUCCAUCGGAAAGCACUCCAGAGGAUAUAUGCUGAUAAAGCAGCUGAUAUCAUUGAUGGUCUGAGGAAGAACCCCUCCGUUGCUGUUCCAAUUGUCCUCAAAAGGUUGAAGAUGAAAGAGGAAGAAUGGCGAGAAGCUCAGAGGGGCUUUAACAAGGUGUGGCGGGAGCAAAACGAGAAGUACUACCUGAAGUCUUUGGAUCACCAGGGCAUCAACUUCAAACAGAAUGACACCAAGGUCCUGAGGUCUAAGAGCUUACUCAAUGAGAUUGAAAGCAUCUAUGAUGAGAGACAAGAACAGGCUACAGAAGAGAAUUCUGGUGUACCUGUUGGCCCACACCUCUCACUUGCCUAUGAAGACAAACAGAUCCUAGAAGAUGCUGCUGCUCUGAUUAUCCAUCAUGUGAAGAGGCAAACAGGCAUUCAAAAAGAGGACAAGUACAAAAUCAAGCAAAUCAUGCAUCAUUUCAUUCCUGAUCUACUGUUUUCUCAGAGAGGUGAUCUCUCAGAUGUGGAAGAAGAAGAAGAGGAAGAAAUGGAUGUGGACGAAGCUACAGGGGCACCUAAGAAGCACAAUGGUGUCGGGGGUAGUCCCCCUAAAUCCAAGUUGUUAUUUAGUAACACAGCAGCUCAAAAGUUAAGAGGGAUGGAUGAAGUAUAUAACCUCUUCUAUGUCAAUAACAACUGGUAUAUAUUUAUGCGACUGCAUCAGAUUCUCUGCUUGAGGCUGCUACGGAUUUGUUCCCAAGCUGAGCGGCAAAUUGAAGAAGAGAACCGCGAGAGAGAGUGGGAACGGGAGGUGCUGGGCAUAAAGCGAGACAAGAGUGAUAGCCCUGCCAUACAGCUACGUCUCAAAGAGCCUAUGGAUGUUGAUGUAGAAGACUAUUACCCAGCUUUCCUGGACAUGGUGCGGAGCCUCCUCGAUGGCAACAUAGACUCAUCACAGUAUGAAGAUUCACUGAGAGAGAUGUUCACCAUUCACGCCUACAUUGCCUUUACUAUGGACAAACUAAUCCAGAGCAUCGUCAGACAGCUGCAGCACAUUGUCAGUGAUGAGGUCUGUGUGCAGGUUACUGACCUUUACUUGGCAGAAAACAAUAAUGGAGCCACGGGAGGCCAGCUGAGCACUCAGACAUCACGGACCCUUCUGGAGUCCACGUACCAGCGGAAAGCAGAGCAGCUUAUGUCAGAUGAGAACUGUUUUAAGCUAAUGUUCAUUCAAAGUCAAGGCCAGGUUCAGCUGACCAUUGAGCUUCUGGACACAGAAGAGGAAAACUCAGAUGACCCUGUGGAAGCAGAGCGUUGGUCGGACUAUGUGGAACGAUAUAUGAGUUCUGAUACUACAUCUCCUGAACUGCGAGAACAUCUGGCACAGAAACCAGUAUUUCUCCCAAGAAAUUUGCGGCGUAUCCGAAAGUGUCAGCGUGGUCGAGAGCAACAGGAGAAAGAAGGGAAAGAAGGAAACAGCAAGAAGACCAUGGAGAACGUAGAGAGCCUGGAUAAGCUAGAGUGUAGGUUCAAGCUGAACUCCUAUAAAAUGGUCUAUGUGAUCAAGUCAGAGGACUACAUGUACCGGAGAACCGCUUUACUCAGAGCUCAUCAGUCCCAUGAGCGUGUAAGCAAGCGUCUCCAUCAGCGGUUCCAGGCCUGGGUAGAUAAAUGGACCAAGGAGCAUGUGCCUCGUGAAAUGGCAGCAGAGACCAGCAAGUGGUUAAUGGGUGAGGGGCUAGAGGGCCUGGUGCCCUGCACCACCACCUGUGACACAGAGACUCUGCACUUCGUGAGCAUUAACAAAUAUCGUGUCAAAUACGGCACAGUAUUCAAAGCCCCUUAACUGCAGAGCCAGAGCAGGUAGCUCAGAGGUGUGUGUCUGCCUGUGUGUAUGUGUGUGUGUAUGUGUGUGUGUGUGUGU